CUGACAUUUUCCAUAAGUUUGACGUUAACAUGAAAUCAUUACUUGACAAGAACAAGCCGAACAAGGGGUUGUUUUAAAACUGUUUGCGUGUGCGACAAGUGAAAACAAAGUGAAUUGUAAUAUUUACUAUUAUUUAUAAAUAUCUUAAUAAAUUUACAACCGAUUGCGAUUGUCUCAGAAACGAUUAGUAUACUUAUUUUAUAAAAAUAAAUAAAAAGCAAGUGAUAUGAGUAUGAGUGUAAAUAAAUAAAGAACGUAAUUUAAAUUGCCUAUAAAUAAAGUAGCUAAUUUUGUUUAUUUAAAAAUGGAUUCAGAAUUCGUGCACAUAUCUACGAGUCUUCGACUACAGCUGGGUUACGGGAUUGGACAUGUAUUAAAUGAUGUCUGUGCAAGUUUAUGGUUCACUUAUUUUCUAGUUUAUUUUCAUUUAGUGCUUGAGUUUACUGCUUCCCAGUCAGGCACUCUGAUGUUAAUUGGUCAAGUAAUGGAUGCUGUAUCGACACCUUUUGUUGGCUACCAUUCAGACCAUACAGAUAAUCACAUGAGUUUAAAAUAUGGUAGGCGGAAACUGUGGCAUUUGUUUGGUACCUUCUGUGUUCUAGCAUCAUUUCCAUUCAUAUUCUCAGAAUGUAUUGGUUGUUCAUCAACACACAAAUGGGCUCAAAUGUAUUAUUACGCUUCAUUUAUUAUUAUAUUCCAAAUCGGAUGGGCUGCUGUGCAGAUUUCCCAUUUAAGUUUAAUCCCGGAGUUGUCAGAAGAUGACCACACCAGGACACAUUUGACUGCAAUCAGAUAUGGUUUCACAGUAUUCUCAAAUCUAUUUGUUUAUAUCAUCACAUGGAUUAUAUUACAUUUGACUGGGGAAUGUGACAGACAUCAAGUGGGACCCACUGACGCUUGGAAGUUUAGGCAUAUUGUCUACAUAGUAUUAGGACUAGGAACUUUAGCAUCAAUUAUAUUCCACAUUUCUGUUACUGAGAAAAACAACUAUCUACGUCGUGAUCAACUGUUAGAAGGAGAGAGUGGUGCACAUUAUGAUUUUCUACGCAAACCACACAUGUAUCAGGUGGCUGGGGUGUACAUGUGCACAAGGUUGGUUGUGAACAUAUCGCAGGUGCUCAUCCCCUUGUACCUCCAUCGAACUUUAGGACUAGCAGCACGAGCACUAGCAGUAGUUCCUCUCGCCUUGUACCUCGGCAGUCUGGCAGCUGCUGGAGUCCAGAGGUUGGCACCAAGGUCCUUCACAAGAAAACUUAAUUAUUUGACCGGUUCCGCAUGUGCUAUUGCUGGUUUUGUGUGGAUUUAUCUUGGAUCAGAUGAUGAUUAUAAAGUGUAUUUCAUUUAUGUGGUUGCCGUGUUAAUAGGUUUUGGUGGUGCAGUGAUGUUGGUGACAAGUCUAGCUCUGACGGCUGACCUGGUUGGCGCUAGGACGGAAGCUUCUGCCUUUGUUUACGGCCUCAUGAGUUUCACUGAUAAGCUCGCAUGUGGUGUGGCCAUUGCCAUUAUACAAGCCUAUGCCGAUGGAGCUGAGCCUGCGUACUAUGCGAAUGCGCUUGUGUGGGUGUGUGGUAUAGCAGCGAUUGCAGGACUUAUACUAACACUUCUGCUACCUAAAUUUCAAUCUGAUGCCUUACUUAUUAGUGUAGACUCGUCGAUAAACAAUUCUGACGCAAACAGAGAAGAACAAGAACCUGCGCUCAUAGAGAGGAUAUGAAGAAUUAUUUAGAUACAAUUAGACUAAUUUAUAAAUAGAGCAUUAAUCAUGAACAUGUCAACAGCUUCAUAGUAAAAUCUAUUUUAUUU